GCCGCAUGGCAACAGGAUCAGAGCCUGGGAGUUGUCUGCCGCUAGGUCUGCUCCCAUUUUAUCGCAUUUCUUCACUAGAUGGUGUGCAAGCCACUGGAGAGUAGGCUGCACUUGCUCGCGCACAGUAGGCUACGGCUCCAACAAAACAAACCUGGAAAACUACAUUAUACGACGCGCCAUUUCUUUAGGCUUUUGAGGAGGAAAGUGUGGGAAUAAAAGCUUUGCUUUAAGGUUUUCAUGCGACUUGGAUAAUAUACAAUCCAGCUGUGAUGGACAUAAUGAUUGCGGUGCAGGAUGUGUGCGUCUCCAGUCAAUGGCUUACCGCUAUAAUUCUCAGUCUGUGCUGCUUUUUGCCUUCGUGCUUACCCGCUGGACAAACUGUGGACUAUGCAUCGAUUGAAAGUGUGGUCACCCGACAAGGCGAUACGGCUCUCCUGAGGUGCACUUCGGAUGGAAUCUCUAAAGGCGCUUGGUUGAACCGUUCCAGCAUCAUCUUCGCAGGGAAUGACAAGUGGUCCGUGGACCCUCGUGUGUCCAUCGUUUCGAGUGGGGGGGAGUACAGCCUGCAGAUACAGAAAGUGGACGUGACUGACGACGGCUUGUAUACCUGCUCUGUUCAGAGCGAGCGCAAUCCAAAGCCAAAGCACCUUCAUCUAGUCGUUAAAGUUCCCCCCAAGAUCUAUGACAUUUCCUCUGACAUCACGGUAAACGAGGGCAGCAACGUGUCACUCAUCUGCACAGCCAGUGGGAAACCAGAUCCCACCAUCUCCUGGAGACACAUAACCCCAUUAGCCAGGAAGUAUGACAGUGGAGAAUAUCUAAACAUCACCGGUAUCACGAGGGACCAAGCAGGGGACUAUGAAUGCAGUGCAAUGAAUGACAUUGCCUCUCCUGACACCAAGACGGUGAAAGUCAUAGUCAAAUUCGCCCCAGCCAUCCACGAGAUGAAAAGCCAUGGAGUCGGCCUGGGACGCACAGCUCUGCUGAGGUGUGAGGCUGCAGCUGUACCCACACCAUCAUUUGAGUGGUACAAGGGAGAGAAAAGGAUUAACAAGGGACAAGGGAUUGACAUCAAGAACCUCAGCUCCAGAUCAGUCCUCACAGUGACCAACAUGACAGAGGAUCGCUAUGGUAACUACACAUGUGUCGCUGCCAACAUCCUGGGAAGGGCCAACGCCAGUGUGCCUCUCAUUCCAAUUAUUGAACCCACCGCAACUAGUGCUGUCUCCCGCUCAGCGCCAAACACUGCGCCGUAUGGGAGUACAGGAAGAGCGGAAGUCCUGCUGGCCUGUCGGUACCUGAUCCUGGCUCUCUCCUCCUUCAUCAGUGUGUACUAGUGGAAGGGCAGCCAUACACAAUGACUGUAAAGAGCCCUUCAAGCAUUUAUGAAUCCUUUGACAAUGCUCAUGUCUGGAUCAAAUCUGGUACAGUUUGUUGAAAGCAGUGUGGGAUAUAAUCAGCAUUACUUAUGUGGGGAUGAUCGUUUUAUUUCUGUUGAAUUUCUCAUCAUGUAAAUACUUAAAAAUCGUUAGUUUUUUUAUUUUGAUUGUCCACUUUGUGAAUCAGUGCUCAUUGUCCCCUUUCAAAGACCAUGAAAGCUCCGAAAUGAGUUAUUUUAUUAUUCUCUCACCAGGAGGUGGUGAUGCGGCAAUUGACAUUUUCAUCUCAGUUUUUGUAAAUGGCUCAAAAGAUGCCAUUGUGUGUCCCUCAAUACAUCAAUGCAUCAUUUCCAUACCAAUGUUGUGGCCAGUAUUGAAAGUAUACAGGGUUAAAAAAGGAAAGCAUCAUUUUAGAUACCAUUCAUUACAAAUUAAGGUUAGAGCAUGGUAGAAUGAUGACAUAUUUUGAGAUGUGCUAUUAUAAUAAUACAAUAGCUGAAAUGCUGCACAAUAGACAUUGGAAAGGGAACAUUUCAGACAUAUUUGAUCUUGGCCAUAUUCUAUUUGACUGCAGAGCCUUUCAUCACACCCCCAUAACAUGUUCUCUGUCCCAAAUAAUUUUUCCUCUUUUGACUAUUGGAAUAGUACUCUUUCUUUUCAGGCAGCGGCCCUAAAUGUAUGAUAUAACUUGACACUCAUAUUUGACCAGGCAGUGACCAGAGUAGCAAGUGUUUACGUUAGUACUGGUAACAUACUGUAGUCUGGGGGGGUAAUAUAAUUUACAUAAUUACCAUUUCAUCAGAAAACAGCUCACUCAUUUUCAAUACUGAAGGGAAGACAGUUUUCCUCUCUGAGGACAAUACAGUAUAAGUUUACAGUUUUUCAUUUGUAUUUCUAUGGUUUGAGAGAGAUGCGUUUACAAGUUUACAGAGGUCCUGAACAUGAAGAGGAAGACCUCUGAUGAAGGGAUACUUAGGUAUUAGUAAAGAUCUUCCAAUAUAGUAACGUUUAAGACAACAUUUAACACUGAUUAACUAUGGAUCUAGACAAAUGGAAAUACUUUCCAUCCCGAAAUUGACAAAUAACAUUAGUCUUCUAAUUUAAGAUCAAAUAUUUAAAUAACCAAAAUGGGAUUGGUAAAUGGAGGAUAAAGAGGAUUUAUGCAUUAUGAUGUGUUUCAGUUUGAGUUUUAUGAAUCAUAUCUUCCACAGGACAAGGGAACUAUGUCUGCCAACUUCUUAAAACACAGAUUGGUCUAAUGAACAAAACGUGUACUAUAAAACCGGAGACAACAUAGCCAUCGAGAUAUAAAUCUGAAAGCACAAAUACUGUACUUGCUGUUAUUUUUGAUUGUGUAGUGUUUUGUUUUUAAAAUAUAUAGUGAAGACAUUUUUGUUUGAUUAAUUUUCUGUUUUUAUUAUUUUGUUUUUACUGGAAUUGUUUUCAGCCUGUUUUGUGGUAUAUGAAAAUACUGCACCAUAUAAUCUUGUUUAAAUGUAAGUAUGAUGCAAAAUGGGUCAGAAAUAUAUUUAUUAUCUUCCUUUGUGAAAACACUGUAAAAAAAACAACAACAAAAAAACGAUUUAAAACGUGAAUCUGGAUAUGUGAAAUUAUUUCAAUGAAGCACAGUAUGGCAUAGUUUAUAAUGUUGUCAAUUCAUUUAGAUGCCAUCACUGUUGUUGAUUCUUGUCAAAACAAUAGAUUAAAAAAGAGAUGUUUGCAAUCUAAUUAUCUAAUUUUUGAAACUGAGGUGGUGUGAACCAAUAUAACAGUAUUAUAGAAAUGAGUAAAUUGUGUGUAUAUUUGGAGAAAAUAGGAUUCCUUUUGAUCUUAUUGGUAGAGCCGGUGUGUAGUUUAGUUUUCACACACUUGUUUGAUGAUGUGCAGAGAGUAUGAUUGUGCUGCAUGUCAAAAUUAACCUGUGUUUUAAGGUGGCCAGUUUACAAAUAAUCAAUACUUUUAUGGGUAAAACCAGUUUUAAGAAUGUUUCAGCUCUAUGACAAAAAAAGAGCAUUGCAUACUAAAACUCACCAGGCUACAUCCAUUUGUGUUUUGUUUGAAUCUAACUUGAGUAUUUAUGUGACAAUACUGUGUUGCUAUUUUCAAGUCUUAGUAAGAGUGGCACAUUGGUGACAGCAUGGAGUGUGUUGGUUGCCUGUCUAAGCAGCUCAGAACAUGGAAUUAUUUCUUCAUGUAAAAUGUACUGUGUGUUCAUUAUUUUUGAUUAUACAAUUUGGCAUUAACCAAGACCAUUUAUAUAGUCACUAUUAUUUGCAAUUUCCUGAUGUUUCCUGAUGUUAACAGACUUAAAAUUACACAUUUGAGUUAAAGAGCAACUGCCCCUAAAAACGAACUUCUCCUUUUAAAAACAGCCUAUGCGGUAUCGAUUUGAGUAAAUAGGAUAAUUUUGGUCAUAAAGUCAGUCUUGUCCAAAACCCAGAUUUGCGAGAUGAUAGGGGGGAAAAAAGUAUGUAACUGAAUGAAGGGUACCGUAACGGUUUUCCUUGGGUUGGGUUCAUUUCAAUCCUGCCCACAGCUGGAAGCACUCAAGUAAUCAUCAAUUCAGAGUGUAGCUGCACACGGACCGAUCUUAAUGCCCAUGGUCAAUUUGGUUUGACUUCGAUAUCCCUAUAGGGCAUUUCAAUAGCUCCGAAUUUCAAUAACUUAACCUCAAACCAACAAUAAAUUGUAGAAAUUAAUAUACAAAUAUUGAAAGCAUUUAAUGAGACUUAAAGGUGUCCAACAUAAAAAUAUUGUCCCAUUUACAUUGUGUAAUUUUUUGACAGAUCCUAACUAGCCCCAAAGAUAGGCUAUCCAAAGUCAAACCAACUCUGCCAGAGUCCCACACCAGCCAGCUGAGGCUAAUUGGUGAAUGAAGUUGGCUAGCAAUAGCUAGCCUAGGCUAUUUGAAGUUACAAGACCUGGUUAGACUGUUUCAAGUUACCUAGAACAGGGUUUUGCCAAACUCGGUCCUGGGACCCACCUGGGUGCAUAUUUUGAGUGAAUGUGCAAACACUUGCCACGUGUGAACACACACAUUUUUUUUUCUUCACAAAAGUAGUGCUGUAUUAGCGGACCGAUAUAGCUGUCUGUAGCACAGGUAAACAAAAAAAUAAUAAUGAGCCCUCCCCCCUCCAUCUAUUGAGAUGUUUCAUAGACAGUGUUUGAUGCGGACACCACUGUGCCACAGUCCACUAUACCAAUCCAGUAUGCAUUUGGGUAAAAAGCUUGUGCUGUUUAAAUUAGACUAACAUAUCUGGGUCAUGUUCAUUAGGGCACACAACAGAAAAAAAUGCUUUAAAAUGUUUUGCAAUGGAUAACUAAAUUGAGUGUUUCUUAUUGGACAGGAAGGAACUGGGUUUCUUUUUUGACAAAGCGAUAAAUUAACAUGACUUUUCCACUCUAACUUUAAGAGGUGGGUCACAACAACAGUUGUAAUUUCAACAGAGGAUAAUCCAAAUCAGAGUACAUUUGAAAACCAAGGUUGUGUUUAUUAGGCUUCACUUUGUCAGAAAUGAGGCCCUGGCACACAUCUGCAGAGGUUAUCCCCCUGUGAAUAAGGUGACCUGUCUCUGUGCUAGCUGUUAACAGAAAAUCAUUCAGCUUUCACAUUUCAGAUAAGAGGAUAUUUAAGUAUUCAUGCAAUUACGACCAGGCCAAGCUCUGACUUUUCCCUUGAGUUUUACCACUGCAGUAUUGGGGACGACUUCAAAGAGUGCUCUUCAACUCACCUGAUAUUGUGAUAAUCCCUCAAUUUAAAUGUUCAACGCUUUGAAUACAGAAUAGAAGGCAUUGUUUUGAAUAAUGAAACAACAGCUGUCAAAUUAGUCCACAAGGGGAACAAGUAAUGUACUGAAUGUGCCUUUAAAGUAUUUAAAUAAUACGUUAAAUACCAUAUCCUAGCCUCAUUUAUAAAACAAUUAUUGCACCUCUAGAUAAGGCCCUUGGAGAAGGGUAAUUUACAGGGUGUAAGUAUUUCAACAAUAUCAAAAGAUUCAUGAUUGCUUAAUCAUUCCAUAUCUUGAAUUUGCUGUAUGUUAUCGCUUAAAUAUCACCAGUCAUAUUAAGCUUUUCAAUAAUCCAAGCAAUGUGCUACAUGCAGGUUAAGCUCAUUUGAUCAGAUGUGGAUCAUUUCCCCCAUUUUGUCUGCAACUAUUUGCUUGUAUUGGGUUUAUGUGGUAAAAUGUAAAAAAUAAAAAUAAAUGAUCAGGCUUCAUACAGUGUUUCAUUGCAGUAUGCUGUGAAAACAGUUUAUUUCUUGUAGAUAGUGUAAUAGUUACAUUCCAAGCUAAAUUCAGUAAAACAACACUCAGUUAGUCUAAAGCAUCCUCAGCAAAAAUCAAGCCACAUCGUUAUAGGAAGUCAAUGAGAGCAUGGGCAAUCCUUAUUUAAGUAUGUUUUUAUUGAUUACUGAUUAUCCCUGCAUGGCUUCCGAGUGGCGCAGCGGUCUAAGCCACUGCAUCUCUGUGCUAGUGGUGUCACUACAGACCCUUGUUCGAUCCUGGCCGUGAUCAGGAGUCCCAUAGGGCGGCGCACAAUUGGCCCAGCAUCGUCCGGGUAAGGGGUGGGUUUGGCCGGGGUAGGCCAUUGUAAAAUAAGAAUUUGCUCUUAACGGACUUGUCUAAUUAAAAAAUUACUCCACAAUACUCAGACCUCAGGAAAGAUACGAUUUUUUAUGUUAUAUCGUUGGUGUGCAUCUCUGAGCGAUGUUCUUUCAAUUCCUGGGGUCAUUUUAUUGUGCAUCUGAGCUAUUGCCUUUCAAGCAGACAAAACUCGUCAUACCAGCUGCCAAUGGAUAGAAACGCAUUUGACGUGUUAGUCAUUUAUCAGACUCUCUCUACAAUUAGUGAAGUUUUCAGACCCCAAAAGUAGAAUAAUGUCCAUUGAAUCACAGUGCCAAAACCGAAGUGCGUGGCCACUCCCGAUUGUUAUCUCAUCAACACACAGUAAUCAACAGUAAUUAAACAGUAAUUAAAACAGCAUCGUUUGUAAGUCUACUAUUGUCUUGUAAAACAUGUGUAACGGAGUUAAGAACAUACCAUAACCUCACUCCACAGCUAGCUUAAAAUGUCCCCGAUGGCGCAUCUUCUGUAUAGCUAGAACAGUUUAUAUUUUGUCAUGCGGGCGGUCACGUGUGUUGCGAGGUAGAGGACGCUGGUUCAAGCCCAGUCAGAGGCAAGUUCAGGGAGGCAAAGCUUUUAUGCUAACCUAGCACACUGGCGCCGGGUAUACAAUCAUACUUAGACUAAAUGACGUGGAAGAGUUAUUUUAAACCUGUUUAUGCUAUGUCAAAAUUUGAGAAUUUACAUUGGUGACUGUUACUCAGGCUUUGAGUAUUGAAAACAGUUUAUUUCUUGUCCUCGAACAACUUGCUAUUGCUGGAUUGGCAGUAUGAGAGGAUAUGCUGUUGUUUAUCGAGAUGAUUAGGAUGCUGUCCGGCCUCUUUCUCUCUUGCUUUUGCCUGGCUCUUCACAAAGGAAUCUGUUGGCUGAGUGAAUGGAGAAUGGCCAGAGCCGUUCUGAGAGAGGCGAUUCCUCUGACCCUGCGGUUAAUAAAAUCCUUCCUGUGCCUUUGUCAAUUUUUACUGGGCGAUUUUGUCAAACGCUGGAGGUGCUGCCUGCCCGGGCCCUCUGUGUCCACUCCCUGAGCAGCAUACUGAGUAAAAACCUCUGUUUUUAAAGUACUCACAUUCAGCUCAGUGAAUACGCUUGUAGCACAGCAGGCAAGAGCUCUCCUCGCCCCUGUCAACCCAAGCCACAGACCCCUUCUACAUUUUUGAUAACUGAUCUUCAGGCGAGUCUUCAUACAGCAUUGUGUGGUGGAAAAUAGUAAUGUAAAAAAUAUAUAUAUCGGGUUUGCAGCAUCUGUCUUGAACUUUUGAAAUUGUCCAUUUUUAUUUGUGAGUGGCAUGAAUGUAUCUCGCUGUUGAUAGUAUCCUUUUCGACAGUACAAUAGCUGCUAAAAAGUGGAACGUGUAGCUUUAAAAGGCAUACUAUGAAGUAUUUGUCAAUCUCUCCCUCAAUACUUUCACUGAGCUGGAAAAUAAGUUAGCAAGGCACUGAUGCAGAGACUCCGAUAAUGCUACAUUUUAAAGCAAGCUAUCUAAUCAUAGAUAGUCUCCAUGUGCAGUUGAUGACUGAAUCGCACAGUUAGAAAUGUUUUUAUGUAAACUUUGAGAGCAAUUGUCAGUUUCAAAAAGGACCAAGCAGGGUGUUGUAUAAAAAAUAUCACUAUGAAACUAAAUACAGUAAAAUCCAAUUCGUUUUUUGUUAUUGUGCCUCUGAUGACACAUGUUAUUGUUUCAUACUGAAUGACUUGGCAAUUCCUGAGUUCUUGCCAUGAUGAUCUUUAAAUCAUUGAUUUAAUCAUAACCAACAACCACAUGAUGUUGAGUGUAAGAGGGAACCAUUUAUGACAUUUCACUGAACCAUUAGUUUCUAUGGAAUGAAGCACAGAGUAGACAACAAUUUGCUUUUUCACCCAGGCAACCUUUCAAAAUCAACACGCUAUCAUUAUUUAUUCGAAAUUCGUGACAUGCACACGAAGAAUACACUUUUUUGUUUGUAUUACAAGAUUUUCAUCACAACACAUUUAAUGUGUAUUUCACGAUCUUCUUCAUAACGCAUUUGUGUACAUUAUAUGAAUUCCAAUUUGUUGUGGCUAACGUUAGCUUGACUAGCUAGGUGGCUAAUGUUAGCUAGGCUAGGGGUUAAGGUUAGGCUUAGGAGUUAAGGUUAGAGUUAGGGGCUAGGGUUAGAGGUUAGGUAACAUGCUAGAUAAGUAGUUAAGGGUUAAGGUUAGGGUUAAGAUUGGGAAUUAGGUUAAAGGUUAGGGGAAGGGGAAGGGUUAGCUAACAUGCUAAGUAGUUGCAAAGUAGCUAAAAUGCAAAAGUUGUCGGGACGAAAUUCAAACACGCAACCUUUGGGUUGCUAGACAUUCGCGUUAUACACCGACCAACCUCCUUCCUAUUUUAUCUGUCUUAAGUAACCCACCAUAUUUAUCUGUGAUUGAAAAUCAUGCACUGUACACUAAAAUAUUGACUUUUUUGUGUGCCUGUCACGAAUUUCCAAUUAGCAAAUCUAUUUCCCAAUAAUCUCUGAUACUGGGGUCUUCGAAAUAUGAGGUGCAGCAUUUCCUUGUCUUAUAUAUCUUUCUCUCUGUACAUAUGUUUAUUUCAUGAUAUCCUUUUUUUUUACAACAAUGUUGAUGAUUAUGUGGAGUAGAUGGUUACACCAUAACAAAAAAUAUUUGUGUAGAUUAAAAAAUGUGGCAAUUUAUUUCAUCCUCAAAUCAUCAUUUAGGAAAUUUUGUGAUGAGAAUUUUGAAAUGGUUAUCUUUACUCAAAUGUGUAUGAAGGUCCUUUAGCCACCAGGGAUAUAGUUGUAUAUUUAUAGGCUCUAGAUCACUGGAAUGACAUAUAUGGCUUUAAGUGGCAUUGAUAUAUAUUGAUAUUUGUCAACAACAAAAAAAAUCAUGUACUUUAAUUACUUUAAAGCUUACAUUGUGUAUAGCACGUAUGCAAGUUAAUUUUCAUCAUGUUUGAUGUAAUUUUUGUAGCAGUGGUUUGAUACUAAUAAAUGGCAGUUUAUGAUGGAACUGUA